CCCUUUUUUUACCUCCCUCCCAACUUUGUUACUCCUUAUACCACUACGACCCGUAGAGUAAUUUCACUUAGGCUGACAUCAGGAUCCACAAUUAACUGCACAUUAGUGUUUCAUUUCGGCAAAGAGGUCGAUCGAUCCAGGCCGGCCAAGAUCGCCGUCGACGGCAUGGAGGAUCAGCUGCAGAGGCCGGUGGUGGUGGUGAAUAAGAUUGCGAUGCCGGAGAAGAAGCCCCACCACCUCCACCUCCACGCCGGCGCGGGCAAGGGCGUCGGCGGCGGGGAGGCGCCUGCGGUGAUGGUGAAGACGCCGCCGGCGUCGUCGCAGGCAUCGAAGCACGCGCACUUUCUGGCGAGCCCGCGGGCGUGCCUCUGCUCGCCGACCACGCACGCCGGGUCGUUCCGGUGCAGGCUCCACCGCGGCAUCGUCGGCGCCGGCCUCCACGAGAUGGGCAAGAAGCACGGCGCGUGACGACGCGCGCUCCCACACCACACGUCCAUGCCAUACGUUCCUGUGCGCACGCGCGCGCGGCGAAUCGGCUAACCGACGGCCGCCGGCGUCGCCGCCUCUCUGGUGCUAGGGGCCUUCUCAUUUCAGUUUGUUCUUUGGUGGUGUGCAGGAAAAGGGGGAUGUAUUUUUUUUUUCCUUCUCCUUUUUUACAUUUGGAUCCUCUGGUUCCGUCGACAAUUCUGAACUUGUCGUCUUCUGCUGUCGACGAUUCUGAAUGUUGGUUCUGUAUAUAAUGGAAAUCGGUCAUUUGCAAA